UAAUACUCCAGCCCAGCAGGUGGUGUUGUUGGCUUAGUAUUGGUUCGAUUGGAUGACACCAUCCGCCUUUCUAAGCGCGCAACUUUUCAGGUUUAGCGCAAUUUGAUUUAUCAUAAAGAUUAGUCCAUGCCCAUUAGCUAGCUACUCUAGAAACUAUUGUACAUAUUGUUUAGUUUUCUGUUUUAAAUAUAAUCUGGUGAAGAAGUGUAUGAGUAAACCGGUGAAGUAAGCUAUCUACUACUAGCUGCCUAGCUAACGUGAACUGUCGGGAGGAAAUGUCAACAGCAAUGGACGAGGAGGAAAGAAAACUUCAGAGACUGAAAGCAGCAGUCCACUAUACAGUGGGAAGACUGUGUCAAAGCAUUGGUGAGGAUCAUCAGAAGGAAUUCAGUCGACAGGUUAUAGCAGCAAUAGCUGAAACGACGUUCAGGCAAUGUGAUAUUUUUGCGAAGGACUUGGAGGCCUUUGCAAGGCAUGCCAAAAGAAGCACAGUAUCUGUGGAUGAUGUGAAGCUUACGGCUCGUCGGAGUACAGCACUGUCUAACUUCAUACAAAGGAAGAGUGAAGAGAUUGCCAGCACCAACCAGGAGCAAAGAGACAUAAGGAAGAAGAGUGCAGGGAAGAGGAAGAACAAGGAGACAGAGAUGGAGUAGGAAGGAACAACAUGCUAGAGGCUACCCUAGUAUUAAGUGAAUGGGUUCUAUUAAACAGACACUACUAGGUAAUAGCAUGUGUACGUUUACUAAUAUAGCACAAAAGGGCAUCAACUGGAUCGACCAAACUUGCAGAAAAUAUUUAUUGAUAACAAUUCUCCAUCAAGUGGUACAGCAUUAUCUUAAUUGGUUGAAAUGUAAGCACGGUUCCAAUGUCUUCUCCAAAAUUAUUUACAGAUCUAUACGUUUAAAAAAGCAGUUAAAUAAAAAUAUUGAAGGACAACAGGUGUUCCCAUUCAUCUUCAGCAUUGAGAUGUGCUGUAAUAUCCUUUAUGUACACCAUUUCCAUGUACACAUUUGAAGUACCAUAACCUGUUCGUUAUGUCUUGUCCCAAAGAAUACAUGAGAUUACUGUUCUACCCAAAUAAUGCCUCAAUGUGUUAUAUUGUAAACAAAGCCAAAUAAACAAAAUACUUUAA